AUGCCUCUGCGCGAUAUGCUCCAGAAGAAGGACAAGCUUGAAAACACUAACAGCCGAUUUCCGGACGCCGGCCAACCUGCCGUACCUGAAAUAAGAUUCAUUCGCUCCGACACAACCACACAGGAAAUCAUCAUUCCGCCGAACCAUCAAGACGACGAUGAAGACUACUUGGCAUCGCCGCGUCCCUCAUCCUCCUCGUCGCAUCGAAGGUCAUUGAAUCCAUUUCAUCGCUCGAGGUCCCCCUCCGAAACACAGGAGCCAGCAUCUCCGCGAGGAGAGCGGCGUUUGUCGCAUUUGCUGCGUCGCGAUCGGCGAGGCUCUUCAACAUCCUCCGUCAACCUUCCGUCAGACCUUCCACAAAUAGCCCCAGAUACUGGUGAUGAGCAGGAGCGAGAAGCACAAUGGGAAAAGCGGGCGACUGUCCUGGCACAGCGCAGUCCACAAAUUCCCUCGCCAGGCCAUUCUCCCGCGCCGUCGAUAGGGUUUGGGUCGGAGAAUGUACGGCCUCGACCCAGGAGUUCAAGCCAUAGUCGGAUCAAUGAUCCUCAAGGAGAUGUAAACAUCCAAGAAGCGAUUCGACUUCAUGAAGCUGGAGAACUUGAGCAAUCGACGAAGAUGUUUGCCCAAUUGGCGGACCCAGACGGUGCCAACAAUGCCCUAAGCCAGGUGCUCUAUGGCCUUGCUUUGAGGCACGGAUGGGGUUGUACACCAGAUACUGAGAAAGCAGUAACAUAUCUUUCAGCGGCCGCGUCAAACUCGGCUUCGGUUGAAACUCUAGCUCUCGAGGCAGGUCUCAAAAAAGGUGGUGCCGCCAAAGGCGAACUGGUCCUGGCGAUCUUCGAACUGGGGAACUGCUUUCGCAACGGCUGGGGCGUCAAGAAGGAUCCGGUCGCGGCGCGACAGUACUUUGAGACGGCUGCGAAUUUGGGCGACACGGAUGCCAUGAACGAAGCCGCUUGGUGCUACCUCGAGGGAUUUGGAGGCAAGAAGGACAAAUUUCUGGCUGCGAAAUACUACCGAUUGGCUGAAGACAAGGGAAACAAGAUUGUGGGAAAUUCCUGGUACGUCGAAACAAGUCUCCGGUUUCCCUGUUCCCCAUAAUCCUGAGAACCCCAAAACAAACUGUGACGAUUCGGAUGCUUGCGUUGUUGCCCGGUCGUUUGAUGAUCCGCUUGCUGCAAUCACCUGCAUACAUCACUGCUUUGGAACUGUCUGGGGAGCAGCAGCUGCAGUUGAAUCGAUAGGCCCUCGUGGUAUCAUCUGCAAACUGCGCCAUGCAAAGCCGUCACCCCCUCAGCCAACCACAUCGCGAUUUCCCGUCUUCCCCUCCAUCCCCAUCCUUCAGAGCU